AUGAAAAUGAAAACAGGGACCAUCUAUGGGAUCUCGAUUUCUAUUAUUAUCGUCAACUUAGCGACAAUUAUGCAACGUGCAGACGAAAAACUCAUUCCUUCAACUGCUAAAGAACUAAAGGAAGCAUUCCAUGCAAAUCUUUCUGAUAUUGGAUUCCUUUCGUUUAUUAGAAAUAUAUUUCAAGGAUUCGCUUCGCCUUUAGCCGGUUUACUUGCCAUCAGUUAUGACCGUCCUGCGGUUUUUGCAGUCGGUAGUUUCUGUUGGGUCUUAUCAACAGUUGGAAUUGGAGUCAGCCGCUACUUCAUUCAGGUUGCCUUUGGCGCAGCAGUGAAUGGGAUUGGACAUGCAAUUGUCUAUCCGGUGCUUCAGUCGAUAAUUGCGGAUAGCUUUAAAGAUAGUGCAAGAGGUUUUGGUUUUGGUUUAUGGAAUCUUAUUGGUACGGUUGGAGGCAUAAUUGGAACCGUCGUGCCAACGAUCAUGGCUGGUCAUGUUAUAUCUGGAAUCUCUGGCUGGCGCUGCGCCUAUCUAUUGAGUGCAACAUUAAGUACAGUGAUUGGGUUUCUUGUUUUCUUCUUUGUCACUGACCCCAUGAAGAAGAAAAUUAGUAGCUCAAUAAAUUCCGAUCAAGAACGAGAUGAAAACAAUGCUGCUGUUGCAACAAAGGAGAGUUCGAACUCGGUUUGGAUGGAAUCAUGGGUGGCCAUUAAGGAUGUAACCAAAUUACGAACAUUUCAGAUCAUUGUAUUGCAGGGAAUCAUAGGCUCGGUGCCAUGGAAUGCAAUGGUUUUCUGGACAAUGUGGUUCGAACUCAUUGGUUUUGAUCAUAAUCAAGCAGCGCUUCUGAACGGAAUAUUCACCACGGGACAAGCAAUAGGAUCAUUAAUAGGAGGAGUUAUUGCAGACAAAAUGUCUCGUGUGUUUCCAAACUCAGGCAGAUUGUUUUGUGCACAAUUCAGCGUUUUCAUGGGAGCUGUAUUCUCCGUUAUUCUUCUAAGAAUAAUCCCACAGUCCACCAACAGUUACUACAUCUUCUUGGUCACUCUUUUCUUAAUGGGUCUCACCAUAACUUGGUGUGGACCGGCCAUUAACUCUCCAAUCUUAGCUGAGAUUGUUCCUCCUACACAUCGAACCAUGGUCUAUUCAUUUGAUCGUGCAAUCGAAGUGUCUUUUUCAUCAUUUGGUGCGCCUUUGGUUGGGAUUAUGUCGGAGAAACUUUUCGGGUUUGACACAAAAGGACUCGACAAUAUUAAAGACUCUGGCCGUGAAGCCGAGGCAUUGUCCAAAGGGAUCAUGUGGAUGAUGGCUGCUCCAUUUGGACUGUGUUGUCUUUGCUACACACCGUUACAUUUUAUCUUCCGGAAAGAUAGGAAAGUUGAUAUUACUCGGAUUUCAACGGACGUAGAGAUGGCAUGAGAGCUUCUAUGUUUUUAGUCGCAAUUGUUCUUUGGUAAGCUUGUAUCACC